GACGCCGGGGACGGCUCACAUUCCACCGCGUCGCUCAUUCGCCGCCGUCCGCAAGGAGGGGAGAAGGCGGGGCGGAUCGCAAAACGAAAGGAAAGUGGCGAACAAAGCUCCUUUUUGGCAGGAUGAACAACACUUUCUUGAACAUGGCGUCGAUAGUGGACUUCGAUCCUCUCAACGCGUCGAUACCAGCCACCAAAGUUGAGAUCACGGUGUCCUGCAGAAACCUUCUGGACAGAGAUACCUUCUCCAAAUCGGACCCGAUUUGUGUCCUCUACACACAAGGCAUGGGAAACAAAGAAUGGAGAGAGUUUGGGAGAACCGAGGUGAUCGACAACACGCUCAAUCCGGAUUUUGUGCGGAAAUUUAUUUUGGAUUAUUUCUUCGAAGAGCGGCAGAACCUUCGCUUUGACUUGUACGACGUCGACUCCAAGAGUGCCAACUUGUCCAAACACGACUUUCUGGGCCAGGCCCACUGUACACUGGGCGAGGUGGUCGGCUCUUUGGGCAGCCGAUUAGAAAAACCUCUUGGAGGCAUUUCCGGCAAGAAAUGUGGUGUGAUUAUCGUGAAAGCGGAGGAGCUGAAUAACUGUAGGGAGUCGGUUAUGAUGCAGUUUUGCGGGAAUAAGUUAGACAAGAAAGAUUUUUUCGGCAAGUCGGACCCCUUCCUGGUGUUCUACAGGAGCAACGAGGACGGCACGUUUACCAUCUGCCACAAAACAGAAGUGGUGAAGAACACGCUGAACCCAGUGUGGCAGGCUUUUAAAAUCCCCGUCCGGGCGCUUUGCAAUGGGGAUUAUGACAGAACAAUCAAGGUCGAGGUGUACGACUGGGACCGAGACGGAGGUCACGACUUUAUUGGAGAGUUCAGCACCAGUUACAGAGAAUUAUCACGAGGGCAGAGUCAGUUCAAUGUUUACGAGGUGGUAAAUCAAAAGAAGAAAGAGAAAAAGAAAAAAUAUUUGAAUUCAGGGACGGUAACGCUGCUAUCCUUCCUUGUGGACAUUGAAGUCACCUUCCUGGACUACAUUAAGGGAGGGACGCAGAUUAACUUCACAGUGGCUAUUGACUUCACAGCUUCAAAUGGUAACCCCGCCCAGCCCACUUCGCUCCACUACAUGAGCCCCUAUCAGCUGAACACCUACGCCAUGGCCCUUAAGGCGGUCGGGGAGAUCAUUCAGGACUACGACAGCGACAAGAUGUUCCCCGCGCUCGGCUUCGGCGCCAAGCUGCCGCCCGAUGGGCGGAUCUCUCACGAGUUUGCUUUGAAUGGGAACCCUCAGAAUCCUUACUGCACAGGAAUAGAUGGUGUCAUGGAAGCCUACUACCAGAGCCUGAAAUCAGUCCAACUGUAUGGACCCACCAACUUCUCCCCCGUGGUUAACCAUGUCGCCAGGUAUGCGGCAUCAGUGAAGGAUGGGUCGCAGUACUUUGUUCUCCUCAUCAUCACGGACGGCGUCAUCUCAGACAUGGCCCAGACCAAGGAGUCUAUUGUCAACGCUUCCUGUCUGCCCAUGUCAAUCAUCAUCGUGGGGGUUGGACCUGCCGAGUUUGAUGCUAUGGUUGAAUUAGAUGGUGAUGAGGUCCGCAUUUCAUCCAGAGGAAGAUCCGCAGAAAGGGAUAUUGUUCAGUUCGUCCCCUUCCGAGACUACAUCGACCGGAAGGGGAAUCACAUCCUGAGCAUGGCUCGUCUCGCCAAAGACGUCUUGGCCGAGAUCCCGGACCAGUUCCUCUCCUACAUGAGGACCCGCGGGAUCAAACCGGGCCCCGCGCCGCCUCCCUAUACACCUCCGGGACAGCCCCUCCAAACGCAGAUAUGAGCGAGAAGAGACAAGGUUUUGAAGUUUCCGAAGUCUCCAUCCACGCCUACGUGUCACGGACCCGGCGGUUGUUUUCGACAGCCGCGCGCCAAACCGGGAAGAGAACGAGCACUACCUGUUUACUUCCAACAUCAAGCAUUCCUCUCUUUGUCUGGAAUAUGUAUAUUUUGGCCUGGAAAAAGCUGGGGAUUCGCUGUUGAAGAGAGAAGCAGCAGCAACAGGUUUCUUUUAAAUGAAAAAAAACUAAAGAAUGUCCCCCUGACAACAAAACCCAACAAUAAUUUUAAGUGUAAAUAACCAACUCACCGUUUACAGUAAGGAUUUUUACUGUUGAUAUUUUUCUACUUGUGAUAUUUUCUCUCGCUAUCUUUUUCCUGACAUGCGUCAGGUAGCAGCAGUGCAGGUCCUGGUAGCCCUUCUGUACCGUACCGUGCUGUACCGUACUUCACUAUACCCUUGGUGUUUAUCGACCAUUUUGCAUGAGUAGCCUGGACCACGUGCAUGCGUAUAGCGGCCUUGCACUACCUCUUUCAACCAUCCGUCUGUUUUGAGGUGGGUUGAGUGUGUGAGAAAGAGUGUGUGAGUAAUAGAGAGGUGCCAUUGUCUCUCUGUCUGUUGGUCUUCCUUCUAAAAUCUCCCCUCUUUGCAGCUGUGUUUCCAUCCAUUUAUACUGAUUUGCUAUUUUGUAGUCACAGAAUCCUCUGUGUAGAUAUAAAUAUUCUAAACGUGCACGGUUACCAGUUCAAAAAAUAACAAGAAUCUGUUUCAAGUUUACUCGGAACUCAUUGGCUACCAUUGACGUCGAUGGUCGUCAGUGUUGUGCAACGAGUGAAUUCAUAUCUGUUCUUUUUUAUACAGAUGGGGGCUGCCAUGGUUCAUCAACUCAUUGAUUAUCAAAUUCAUCGAUAUAUUGUUUGUUUCGAUCUUCAGUGAAUCAGUCAGAGGCAUUUUUGUUUGAGCUCAUAAAUUGCACGAAUGCUCUUUUUUGAGCAUCUAAAUCAGGGGUCCCCAAACUACGGUCCGCGGGCCGGAGACGACCCCCCUCCACAUUUGGUCUAGCCCCCUGAACAUUUUUUUUUUCCUCAAUAGUGUUAUUUAUUUCCUGGCUUUUUUUCUGUGAAGAACCCAGAGAGGGUUAUUUGGUUAUUAUCUAUUUAAUUAAUGGUGUUAUUGUAUUAUAUUAUUAUAUUUAGGGCUGUCAAAAUUAUCGCGUUAACGGGCGGUAAUUAAUUUUUAAAAAUUAAUCACAUUAAAUAUUUGACGCAACAGAUUAAAAUGACAGCACAGUGAAAUGUGUACUUGUGUUUUUCGGAGUUUUGGCGCCCUCCGCUGGCGCUUGGGUGCGACUGAUUUUAUAGGCUUCAGCACCCAUGUGCAUUGUGUAAGUAAUUAUUGAUAUCAACAAUGGCAGGCUACUAGUUUAUUUUUUGAUUGAAAAUUUUACAAAUUUUAUUAAAACGAAAACAUGAAGAGGGGUUUUAAUGUAAAAUUUCUAUAACUUGUACUAACAUUUAUCUUUUAAGAACUACAAGUCUUUCUAUCCAUGGAUCGCUUUAACAGAAUGUUAAUUAAUAAUGGUAAUGCCAUCUUGUUGAUUUAUUGUUAUGAUAAAGAAAUACAAUACUUAAUGUACCGUAUGUUGAAUGGAUAUAUCCAGCUUGUGUCUUAUCUUUCCAUUCCAACAAUAAUUUACAGAA